GCGGCAGUUGGUGAGGGCGGCUUCGAGGCCGGUGAGGGCCGGUCGUGGAAGCGAUGGAGGCAUGUUGUUUGUGGUAUGGGGGAAGCUUCUGUCUGGAGAGACAGGAGUUCGGGCUGGCUUCCUGGACUACUGGGGGAUUGUCGACGACGGCGAGGUGCGAGUGGUGGUGAUUCGACUUGGAAAUUCUGAAGCUUGCUGGGGCCGGCUGAUUGACAGACGCUAAGCCGGUUUGGGAGUAAGGGCGGUUGAGCAUUGGGGGUUCUGCCGCGGCUGACCGCUCUUUUUUCAGAGACUUUUGGAGCUCCACCCCUCCAAAACUUUCCCAUUUACUUUGCGCGACUGUUGCUCUUUUGCACCCUUUCCAACUUUUCUCUCCUCGUCUUCCACAUUCACUUUCCCCCGUGGAAGACCGCAAAACAUCAAUUUCCAAUCCCUCAGAUCCUUUCUCGCGGGCGAGGUUCUUGUUUUGCCUUUUCUUGUCUCCUGGUUUCAGCUUGGCGUUUUAGCAUUUCACCAAGAUGGGAACUGGGAAGAAGGAAAAGUCCCGCAUGGAGCGGCAGGGCAAGCCCACAGGCGACCCCAAGGUGAAGGGUGAAAACUUCUACCGCUCCGCCAAAAAGAUCAAGACCCUCAAUGUCCUCAAGGAGGGCAAGGCGAUUCGCAACAAGGAUGGCAAGAUCGUCAAGGCUGCCUCUUUCCAGAGCAGAGAGCGCCCCAAGGCUGUCAUCGAGCCAAACCGAAGAUGGUUCAGCAACACCAGAGUCAUUUCCCAGGACACACUCACAUCGUUCAGGGAGGCUGUGGAGGAGAACCAGAAGGACCCAUACUCAGUACUGCUCAAGAGCAACAAGCUUCCCAUGAGCUUGAUUCGUGAUGACGGACCCAAGCUCGAGGAUGGGUUGAAGAAGCAUCAAGCCAAGAUGACAAUCGAGAGUGCGCCCUUCUCAGAGACCUUUGGACCCAAGGCGCAAAGGAAACGUCCCAAGCUGAGCUUCGCCACUGUUGACGAACUGGCGGGCCACACCGAGUCGAGUUUCGAUCAGUACACCGCGAGGCAGGAACAGAUCAAGCUGCUCAGCGGUACUUCUGGCACGGCUGAGGUGGAGAACAAGGAAAGUGUCUACCCGGAGAUUGACUUCAGUGUCUCAACGGCCAAGGAAGCCAUCUUCUUCAAGGGUCAAUCCAAGCGCAUCUGGAACGAGCUCUACAAGGUGAUUGACUCUUCCGACGUCAUCCUCCACGUUCUCGACGCCCGUGAUCCUGUCGGCACAAGAUGUCGCCACGUGGAGAAGUAUCUUUCUACAGAAGCUCCGCACAAGCAUCUCAUCUUCGUUCUGAACAAGAUCGAUUUGGUUCCAUCCAGCACAGCCGCUGCUUGGAUCCGUGUGCUUCAAAAGGAUCGCCCCACCUGCGCCAUGAGAUCAAGCAUGAAGAACCCGUUCGGUCGUGGUUCUCUGAUCGAUCUUCUCCGCCAAUUUAGCAUCCUCCACAAGGACCGCAAGCAGAUCAGUGUUGGUCUGGUUGGGUAUCCCAACGUGGGCAAAUCCAGCAUCAUCAACGCCCUCCGUGGCAAGCCUGUUGCCAAGGUUGCACCUAUUCCCGGUGAGACCAAGGUCUGGCAGUACGUUACUCUGAUGAAGAGGAUCUACCUGAUUGAUUGCCCGGGUAUUGUACCACCCAACCAAAAUGACACACCACAGGACCUUCUUCUCCGUGGUGUCGUCCGUGUUGAGAAUGUCGAGCAUCCCGAGCAGUAUAUCCCUGCUGUGUUGAGCAAGGUCAAGCCGCAUCAUAUGGAAAGGACGUAUGAGCUGAAGGGUUGGAAAGACCACAUUCAGUUCCUUGAGAUGCUGGCUAGGAAGGGCGGCAGACUGUUGAAGGGUGGUGAGCCAGAUGUGGACGGUGUGGCCAAGAUGGUCUUGAACGAUUUUAUGCGAGGCAAGAUUCCUUGGUUCACCCCCGCGCCAGCGAUGGAAGGGACCGAGGAUGCCGACUCUGAACUCAUUGAGGGCCGCCAAGGUCGUCUCGGUGAGAUGCGGAAGCGGAAACGCGACCUCGAGGCUGAAGGCGAAAGUGUUGCCGAUACAUCCAUGGCUGGGUCGACUCUGGCGGCCACCGAGGAUCUUGCAGCUUCAGAUGACGAAGAUGACGAUUUCUCUGGAUUUUCCAGUGAUAGUGACUCUGAGGGUGAGGGCGAAGAUAACGAAGACAAUGAGGGCGAUGAUGCCGAGGAUAUGAUAUCCCUCGGCGAGUCGAGUGAUGAGGAGGCAUCAGAUGCUGAGUCGGAGCAAGAGCCAGAUCCGCCAGCGUCCAGGAAAAGGAGAAAGGCGUAG